AUGAAUGAGAUCAAAACACACUUGGAUAGUAUACGCGGAGUAUUUACCAUUAUAAGUGUGAAUGAGCAGGAAGAAGCACUAAAAAGCUUCGCAGCUCUUCUUCAAGACCUCAAUAAUGAGCAUUAUAGGAAUAGGGUUCAGGAGGAGGCUACGAAAUCGGAACGAUUUUCUAAUGACUGGACCGGUUUUACCUUUCCUGAUACUAUGGGUUUAAUGGGCGACUUUGGGGAACCUGAGUCAGCUAGGAGCAAGACGAAGAACGACGAUACGACCGAUAAUGAUUUCAAUAUGCACGGACUCAGUGACACAAUCUCUUUUUUCUCUUCUGCACCUAAGUACAAGUGCUUCUCAUGUGAAUUCGUGGGGAAGAACAGAAAAGCACUGUAUAGGCAUGGAAUACAGAAUGAUCAUCAGACCAAAUUUGUUGAUGCGGAUAAGAGUCGAGCCUUCACUUGCCAAUUGUGUAAUUUCUCCUCUAACAGAAAAUUCAAUCUUGACCGUCACAUACAAAGAGCUCAUUUUAGUAUACGAAACCAUUUCUGUGAUCUGUGCCCAGCAUGUUUCAAAGAUAAGGACACAUUGCGAGGCCAUACGAAGAACGUUCAUAAGUUCCAAUCUCCUUGA